UUCAAUAAUUGACUCAGAGAAUUUUGUAAAGGUAAGCUAUCAAACUUCUGUUUGACUACAGGUAAAUGUACUUUUACAUGGUGUCUUGAACAGGGCAGGACAUCUUAAGACAAAAAUACAAUGUUGCAGUGAUUCUAAUUACCUGUAGUUGCAGUUCUCUCAAUCAAGUAUCCCCAGGUAUGUUUCUUUACCGAAUGAAGCACUUAUCUGAUUAAGAUUUAAGAACAAAUUUAAACAAUUAACAUGCAUAAAACAUUUACUUCAAAAAUGUUUUGUAUUAAUAUCCUGUAUCGUAUAGCAUGAAUUUGCAGCAUGAAAACAGUUUCAAGAACUUGUAUUGGUCCCAUCCCUAGAUGUUCCCCUGGUCAGCAGUGUUUUCUCUGGAGCCGAAGGUGCCUGGACAGCGUACGGCAGAAGAACUAGUCACCAACACUCUGAUGCUGGAGCUGGGUGCCAUGGUGAAGCGCACCGAACGUAUCCGCCUGGAGAGGGUGACACAAGAGGGCCGGCGCCGACGCAGCUCCUCCUCUGCUGACUAUAGAUGGCUGGCCACUGCCCCCACCCACCAACCCUACGAGCUGACCCCCCGAGACCUGAUAGAACUGCAGGACCUGUGUGCCAGGGUGCCACCAUCUCAGUGUGGCCCUGUCAUUGUCAGGUUCAGGAAUCUGGUGACAAAGACCGAGACAGAAGUUUACGAGGUGGCUCGUCUGUUCCGCACUGUUCUACGUGACUGUGUGGAGGGAGAAGAGGAGGACGAGGAGAUGAGGAUGAGGUCAGCCGGCUGGGACAAACAACGCAGCAAGAGCCUCUCCUUUGUAACCUUCCGCUCCAAGUUCCGCCCCGCACCCUUCAGGGGCGGGGGCCUGGGCGGGUCGCGCGGCAACCUGCAGGAGGAGUCAAGCUGGUACGAGGAAGAGGAGCAGGAGGGAGCAGCGAAUGUGGCGAGAGCGGCCAGGAAGGGGAGGAGCAUGAGCAUGCCUGAUAUCACCCCCAUCGAACAGAGUGCACUUGGCUGAGAGGGAGGGACAACUGCUGAUGUAAAAAGGGCUUUAUAAAAUACAUCUGAUUGAUUGAGGAAGGGAGGAAUGGGACAAAGAAAGGAAUGUCGAGAAGUCAAAUAUGUCUCAAGAUGAGACAUGCAACAUUGACAGCUCACACCUCAGCAGAUUUCCACUUACUCUUUAGACAAAAAGAUGCAGCUGUAUCAAACAUAUACUAGAGUGGAAAUGCAAGCUUAGCCAGCAGAUGUAUGCU